AUUUUCUCUAACUUGUGGCAGUACUUUCUCCUCGUCUAUCCCGGUGGUAGACAUCUGCUGCUGUCUCCUAUCAUUUUAAUUGUUCUGGUUAACUUCAUAGUUUUUAAGCAUAAGGUUCCUCACCCAAAUCAUAUGUCGAACUAAGUAGGUGGAUAUAUAUACACGUGAACAUGGCCCACAAGAUUAUAUACAUAGGACUACAAGUACCUUUGCAAUUUUAUGAAUUGCUCAAGCACAACUAGUUGAUCUCGAUCGAUAUUUCACUAUUUAUAGAAUUAAUUGUUUAUAUCGAUUGAGCCGCUCAAAGUCGGAGGACGCAUAAGCUGCAUAUUAAUUAGAAACAACAAUCUGGACAGAGUCACAAAAUCUUGAUAUUUAGUAAAACAGGCUGGAAAGGAAAUUAUAUUUAUAUUUUAAAGUACCUGAUAAUAUAGUAAAUAUUUUUAAAGUUCAUGGCCAUAAUUGUCAUAGGUCGAAUUAUAAUAGGACUCACUUGUUGUGCAUGUUGUGCCGUUUCUAUUCAUUCUCAUCUUGCUUGAUACACAUUUGCAUGUAAUUAAAAUGCAGGUGCUCUCGUCUGCAUUAGAGUGUCAUGCUCCAACAGCUAAUCAUAGUUCAUACUAAAUUUUUUAUAACUGUUCUAUGUGAUUUUCCUGGGAUAAACAAUAGCUCGGCUUAAUUGUCAAUCAUUAAGGUGGAUGAAGGUUAUCCAUCAUCUCGUCAAUAAUUUUUAGAGAAUUUAAAGCAGAGCAGGCGAGACAUUCAUAUCCAGAUUAUCUAUCCGCCUGAUCUUUAAUUUAAUCAAUCAGAGGCAAGUCUGUGAUUGCAUGAAUUUAGUACCUGCAACGCGCAUAGCAAACCUGAAAUCUUAGUACCUGUAAUGUUGAACAACAAGAAAAAGGGGAACAAAUCCUUAUCGGAGUCUUCUGUUUCUAUCGGUUUAUUAGAAGAUACUGAAACCAAGCCGAAAUUUCUGCCUCCUCGAAGUGACAAUGGCAGUGUCCAACAGACUAAACCAGAGAAAGUUAACGGGGGAGGCGAUUCAACCUGGAUGAAAAGUGAUAUGUCCAAUGGGAACUUGGACGAAAAAAAACAGCCGGAUGCCCAAGCACCUCCAGUGAUAAGUGAUGGAACAGUUCGCAUGAAACGCCAGAUAGGACUCGCUGGCGGAAUUUCCCUCAUUGUGGGCACCAUGAUUGGUUCUGGGAUAUUCGUAAGUCCUUCUGGCCUGUUGCAUAAAACAGGUUCUGUAGCUGUGAGUCUCGUGGUGUGGUUCUUAUGUGGGGUUUUGGCGACUUUGUCGGCAUUGAGCUAUUGCGAGCUGGGAACGGUCGUACCGCGCAGUGGGGGCGAGCAUGCCUAUUACAUGGCUGCAUUCGCACCGUUACAUCGAUUCUUUGGGGAGUUACCAGCUUUUCUCUUUGCGUGGUUGACUGUGCUACUGUUGAAACCUUCGUCUCUCUCCAUCAGCGGCAUGGCAUUCGGACAGUACGCACUUUCUCCAUUCCUGACCUACUUUGAAUUUUGCGAGGACUUUGUAACCACCUGGCAGUAUGACAUUUGCAAAAAGAUGCUUGCGGUUUGUUUUGCAGGUGCAAUUGCUACCGUAAAUAUUUUGAGCGUAAAUGGGGCAACUAGGGUACAAAUUGUAUUCACUGGAGCAAAGAUAGCCACAAUGAUUAUCAUUAUAGUUAUUGGAAUCUACAACAUGGCACAUGGACAAUUUGGAGCAAUUAGUGGGGACUGGGCAGAUAGUUCUCAUGAUUACGGGACGAUUGCUGUUUCGUUUUACAGUGGAUUAUGGGCAUACGAUGGGUGGAACAACCUUUGCUUUGUGACGGAAGAGCUAAAGAACCCAGAGAGGAAUUUGCCGUUGGCCAUAAUGCUCGGUAUUCCAAUUACAACGGUGCUCUACAUUUUGGUCAACCUGUCCUAUCUCACCGUACUGGAUAAACAUGCCAUGAUGGAGUCCGAGGCAGUUGCAGUAGACGUGGGUAACGAUAUGUUGGGCAAUUUCAAGUGGGUAAUUCCGGUACUUGUGUGCUUGUCCACGAUCGGGAGCUCCAACGGGUCCAUGUUUACGGCUGGCAGAAUCUCUUAUGUGGCCGGUAGAGAUGGACACAUGGUGGACGUGAUGUCCUACAUUCAUGCCAAGAGAUUGACACCUACAAUCGCCAUUAUGUUCAAUGUGAUUCUCGCUCUCCCAAUGAUCUUCAAUAGCAGUAUUAACAAGUUGAUUGACCUCUUCGGCUUCGCAUCCUGGAUUAUUUAUGCUCUUGCUUUGGUCAGUGUCCUCGUUCUUCGGAAAACACAGCCAGAUGCUCGAAGAGUUUUCAAGGUUCCUCUGAUAAUCCCAAUCGUUGCCAUUCUAAUAUCAAUCUUUCUAGUCAUUGCUCCAUUGGUGAGCACACCAACGUUUGAGUACCUGUACGUCUUAGCUUUCACGGUGUUGGGGAUAAUCGUUUACUAUCCGUUCGUAUACAAAAAGUAUCAACUUCCGUGCAUGGAAACAUUUACUAAACUUAUUCAAUUGAUGACACUUGUUGUACCUUCUCCAUACGUCAAAGAAGACUAAAUAGUUAUAUGGUUGGAAUAUAUUAAAGAUAACCUUGUUUAAAUCUUGACAAAUCUUACUAGAAACGUGUGUAGUACAUUAUGCAUGCAUAUACAAAUUGCGGUGAUUAUUCUUGUAAAUAUUUCAUACGCGAUACUAACUAAAUACAUACAUGAAUAUCAAUAAAUUAAUAAAUGUCACUUAAAAA